AGUAUAACAUUCAGCUAGCAUGAAAUCGGACAUAUGCAAGCUACUACUGCGAUGAUUUCAAUUCAAUUUCUUUUUAUUCUUUUAAAAUUCCGUUUUCGAUAGUUAGAGUUGGUUUUGCACAUUGCACCACACGCAUUGGAUUUUAGUUUUUACUCGGCUCUCCAUUUUAUUGUUUCAUUUUAUUUUUUGUUCAAUCUCUUUCUAUUCAUCUGUUUUAUCUGGUCUUUGUACUUUUAUCGAAAUCAAAACAACAAAAUCAAACCACAAAAAUUUGUAAAACCAAAAAACAAAACUUCACGUUCGUUGUUAAGUUUUUUCAUAAAAAAAAUUUGUGAUAGUUCAAAACAAAAAUUCAGUGUAUAUUUUUUGUAAAUAAACAAAGGGAAAAAAAACGAAUAACACAAGAAUUUAUCUCUAAUGAAGCAAAAAAAAAAACCGAUUCAGAGCUGUGUUACACACAUAUUCAAUUUCGUCUGUUUAUUUCAUACAAAUGCAAAUAAAAUCUACAUUCAAUCAACUGAUUCGCAUUGCUUAUAAAACGUCGGCAAUUAAAUCGUAUCAUCAACAGAAUAGCACUGACAACUCGUUGCGGCCAUAUUAUUAUUACAUAUGUCAAUUUCGCUUCGUCAGCAGAAUAAUAAAAAAAAAUCAACAGCGAAUGGAAGAAACUGCUCGUUCAAAUAAACGAAUAAGAAUAAAGCUCGUGCAGAGCACGUGAAUUCAGUUAUUCAAUUUAAACAAAAAGAAAGAACAACAACCAAGUCACAUCAUUUUGCACUCAUCAUUUCUCAAUUGAAUGGUUGAAUUGAACGAAAUUCAUCGAUUGAUUGAAAUAUUUCUUGGCAAAACUCGACGACGAGAAUAUUUAUAUGCGUGAAGCAACUAAAUGAGAACAAAAAUAAAGGCCAGCAAAGAGUUAGUUCUGAGCAGUUCAUACGCGAUAGAAAUAAAAACAAAAAACAGCAGGAAAAAAACGACAUAUCGGAACUAGAGACGGACAGUCGAACCAGUUGGUUUAUACGCAACAUUAGGUACACACGAUCACAUUUCGCAGCGAUUAUUUACUUAGUUAUUUAAUCAGUAAACGCACACGCUGAAUCUGCGAAAAACGCCGAUCCGCGCAACGAAACUUGAAUAGCCGCCGAUCGGAACACAUGGUUUCAUAUACAAACAGAGGCACAAGCUCAUUGCCUGAACCAUAUUGACAGUCUAUAUACAUCGCAUAUGCGAGAGCUUCUAACACAAACACACUCACGUACGUAUACCCAUGCGAAGUGAGGAAUAGAAAGCAUCGGACUUGCUGUGAAACGAGAGUACAAAGUUUAAUCAUUCACGAACACGCUUGAAACGGUAGCAUUAGCCGCAGUAGCAGCAGCAGCAACAUUAGCAGCUGUGCAACCCACUGUAGCGUAUUUGCCAAUAAAUAUCUCAUAUUUAGCAAAAAGAGACGCGACAAAUACGUUUUAAUUGGUGAUAAAAUAUCAUAGCGUUCACAUCGCUCUGCUAGUACGCACGCGACGACCAUCUCAAAACUUCUUCAUUUUUUGUGUUUGCUCUUGAAUUCACUUCAAAGUGAACUUUUCCGCCAUCGUCACUGCUACCGUCGUCGUUGUCGCCGUCACCGUCGUUAUUCAAGCGAUCUGUUUUCAUUUCGUUAGAACAACAAUAAAAAUAAAUCUACUUACAAAACGAGUGGCCAUAAAUAGUGAUCAGUGAACCGUUUAGUUUAAUUUUAGAAGAAUAAAUUAUUUUUUUAUUUUUUUUUUCUGUUCGUCUACAUAUAUCUGUUUUUUUUUUUUAACCGAGUUUUAAGUUCCACACAAACACAAUUUGUAUAGUGAACACACGAAUGUAAAAUCGGAGCAUCGGUUAAACAGUUCCUAAUUUAAUAUAUUUAUGUUAUGAAAAGUCUACUAGUGUUUCUGUUGUAAUCAAAACGUGACAAAUAAGUCUCAGUCAGUUAAGUAAGAAAUUCGAAGAAGAAAAAGAAAAAAAAAAGUGAAAAAUUGUUUUAACUUAUCAUAAUAUAACGUGCCGAUUGAGAUAACGCGCUGUUAAAGGUCAUCAAAAGUGGAUCGCAAUUGAAGCGAAUUUUGAUUUUAUCUCAACUGUGAUUCAAUCCAAUCACAAUUUAUCACUGUCGGAUCAUUUUGAAGCAACAAAUUUUCCACAUAAAAUAUUAUUGCUACGAAAAACAACGAUUGCACGGAUUUCAUCAUGCAAAAACCAACGAGGAAAGUCGCGCCAGACGGUGGAUGGGGAUGGGUCGCCUGUUUUGGUGUCAGUUUAGUCAAUUUGGCAACAAGAGCCAUUGAACCAUCAUUCGGUUUGCUGUUUGGCGAUUUGCUGCGAGAGUUGCACGUCGAAACACUCGGUGCUGCUGUCAUUAUGUCCACUUACGAUGUGAUGAUGAAUUUUUCGGGUUUAUUCGUUGGACCGUUGCUGAAGGAGUUUUCCUAUCGAAAAGUGGCCAUCGCUGGAUCUCUAUUGUGCUCACUUGGUUUGGCGCUUACCUCGCCUGCAAAGAGUAUGCCACACAUUUUAGCCACAUACAGUGUCAUCAACGGAAUCGGAGUUGGUUUGGCCACAUCGGCUGCAUUCGUUGCGCUAAAUCACUACUUCAAAAAUAAACGUGGUCAAGCUGUUGGCUUGUCAAUGGCUGGUACUGCGCUUGGUAUGCUGAUUUUGCCGCAAUUGGUUCGACUUUUGCUGGAGGCGUUCGAAUUUAGUGGGGCAAUUUUGGUGUUGGCUGGACUGGCUUUGCACGCAGCCUUCGGUUCGACACUUUUGCAACCGGUCAAAUGGCAUUUGAAAGAGGAAAUUAUCGAUGUUGAAUUAGCUCAACAAACUCCUCACAUGGAAACGGUGAAAGAAGACGAAGAUGAAUUGCCCGAAAUGAAAACACUUUUAUUUCCAUCGGUUGCUCCUCCGAAUGGACGUCAAAUGCGUAAGAAUUUCUCCGAAGUGGCCAUCAGUUCGAUGAACAACGGCAUGACAAAGCGACCAACAUUCCCACGCAUCAUGUCAAAUGGUUCGAAUAUGGCAGCCAAUGGAGUUUUUUCGAACAGCGAUUUGAGCACAUCGAUUCGUCGACGAAAAGCUUCAGUUAUGUCACAACUAUCGACGCUCGAUUUCAUGGGCAGCAAUUUACUGGUACACGUUAAUACCGGCGACGAAGAAGCAGAAGAGGAAGAUCGUGCCAUUCAAAUUCGACGAGUUAACACUGCACUCGGAAUGUCCGCACUUCAUGAACAAAACUCAUUUACCAAAUUCAGACCAUCGUCACUUGAAGGAUUUAAACCACAUAUAGACAUCGGCAUUGAUAUUACACCGCCACCGAAAAAAGGAUUCUGGAGACGAUUCGUUGAUCUGAUGGACGUGUCACUGUUGAAAGAUCCCGGAUAUUUGAACAUUUUAUUCGGAUUGUCGAUUUUUUACGUUGCCGAAAUGAACUUCAAAAUGGUGACACCAUUCUUUUUUGCCAGUCUCGGUUAUGGAAAAACUGAUGUUGCAUACUGCUUGUCGGUUACUGCCAUUAGUGAUAUUGCUGCUCGGAUCGUUUUACCACCAAUCUGUGAUCGAUUCGACAUUAAAAAACGAAACAUUUUCUUCAUAUCCAUUUUAUUCGUCGGAAUUACACGUUCGAUCAUGGCCGAACAAACGGAGUUCAACAGUCUGAUGGUAUGGCUUUUUAUCUGCGGUUUUUUCAGAGGUAUGGCAUUAAGUAAUUUCACGUUGUGCGUAUCUGAAUAUUGUUCAUUGGAGCAACUCCCAGCUGCCUUUGGUUGGCAUAUGAUUGGCAAAGGCCUAUUUGUAACCGCAUUCGGGCCAUUGAUUGGUUUGAUACGGGACGCGACCGGGAGCUAUCCGAUUUGCAUUCAUGCACAAACAUUUUGCAUUUUCUUGUGCUUACUCGCUUGGUCAAUAGAAUACAUCAUCGAUUAUGUUCGUGCACGCAAGGAAGAAGAAGAUAGCGAUGCAAAAACCACCGACACAACGACCGCAACGACCAAUUCAACAGUCACAACUCCGGGCAACACAAAAUAGGUCACUAUUUCAUAGACACACACACGCGCGUAUCGAUCAUUAGAAACGACGAUAUCAACAAACAAUUGUAUUUAAUGUUUAGAAAUUUUUAACAUUGUUGGCGUUUUUCACAUAUACUAUAAUUUAAUUAGCACGAUCACGAUUAUUUUCGGAACUGAUUACUCCGAACAACAAAUGUGUUUAUCACUUUGUGAAUAUAAAUGCCAACACUAGAUUAGAAACCCAAUUCACACAUUUCCGAUCAUUAACCUCAUUACAUGUUUUAUUCCUUCUUUUGAAAAAAGAAAACAAACAACAACAACAAUAUGCCUUUUCACGGCGAGUUUCAAAUCACAAGUUGUGCGCGCCGUUCACACAUUCAGUGACUUAUUGUUUUGCAAACAGUGACAGUUAUUUUUCAUAAUAUUAUUUUAAAACUCAACUAAUUGAAUAGUUAAUGUUUGUGAGUGACCGUUGUCUUUAUUUAUCACACAUAUUACUUAUAUGAGAACAAAAGUAUUAUGUUUUAGCAUGAACGGAAAAAAAUGCCUUUUAGUUUAGUGAAAUGCAAAGAGAGAAAAUAUUUUCAGAAUUCAGUAUCAAAGAUAUCGUUCAUCGUAAGCUUUAUGUUGAUGUUAUGUCAAAUAAAUUAGCGUUUAAUUUAUGUAUUCUAAGCACCUUUAGCAUCCAUUUUCACCCUCAAAUGAUUUUUACGACCAAAUCAUCCAUUAACAUUUUAUUUAAAUCAUGUUCAACAUACACCAGAUGACAUCUAGGCUUUGUCAGCUUAAAUUGAGUGCUAGAAAAAAAAAAAAAAAAUGGGAAAAUAGAGCGAAUUUUUUUAUAAACUACAUCCAAACUCAUUAAAUCGGGCGGUGGGAUUUAAAGUAGCUGAUAAUAUUCAUUGAAAAUUGAAAGUAAUAACAAAUCGAUAGCAAAAGAAACCGGUUUUUGUUUAGAAAUAUCCAAAAGUAAACCACGAUUUGUGGUGAGCAAAUGUUUUUCGAUCUAAAUCAAUGGAAAAUUGUCGCAAAUCCGAAUGACCUUGAGAGAAAAACAAAUAUUCGUUCCAAAAGGGAAUCCAAAUGUUGCUCAUUCCUUUCGUUAUUGAUUGAUCAUUUUGAAUAAUUGUUAAGAAUUGAACACAUUCUGAUGAACGCAGAAAAUUCGAGUUUUUGAGAGAGUCUGUGCCAUGCUUUAAACUCAAACACACACACACACAUCUAAAAUAUUUGUAAGUUUCUUUAAAUCUGACCGCAUCGAUGAAUUGAUUAAAAAAAAACCCGAAUAAGAAUGAAAAACCACAAAAUUUUCGAACUAUUUUUUUAUCGUGUACAUUUAGACAAACCUUUGUAAAUACAAACGGACAUUUGUUUUGUAUUUUGAGCAAACAAAUUUAGUCUAAAGAGAGAGCACAGGCGCCGAAAUCCUAUUAGAUGUAAUGUUAGACUUAUUUGUGACCUUGAAUUCAUCAAUACAAUGAUAUGACAAGGAGUGUGUUUAGACAUGUACUCAAUAUAUGUAAUAGCAUAGACUAAUUUCAAUUGUAAAUUUGUUCAUUUUAAAAUGUAAAAUCGUUUGUAAGAACAACAACAAAACAAUUUAUGUGCUAAAUGUGUGACCCAGGAAAUUCCCUUUGCGGUACUUAUUUCAAUGUUGAAUUGUGUGUGUCAAACAAAAAUUGUAUUUUUUUUUUUCAAUGUGAAAACACUCGUUUGUUUAAUAGAAAAAAAUUAGUACUCGUUGUAAGUCUGAGCAAAAGAAAACUUAAAAAAAUGUUCUAUUUUGUUAGACGUUGUGGUUUACUGUCUGUCAGUGUAUGAUCAAAUAGAAAAAAUAAUGUUCUAAAACAAAAAAAAACAUAUUUGUUAAACAAAAAAUUUAAAUAUAUGAAAUUAAUCGACUGAUUUAUGUACUUUAAAAGUCGAAACUUAAAAUCAAAAUUAUUUGGAAUUUUAUAUAACAUUUAAGUUCAAUAUAUAAUUAUAUAGGACAAUUUAUUUGCUUAUAUCCAAAUGAAGAAUUAGAUUAAUUACCCCAAAAUCCAGACAGAAAAUCUGUUUACAUUUUAGUUUAGCCAGUCAACAAAAGAAAAAUUAUUCACUAAGAUUUAUACCAACCAAGUUUCAUGAUUAAAUGAUAAGAUUGAGAGAAAACAAAGUAAAACAACAACAUGAAAAUAAAUAAAUUUCAAGACGUAACAUUUAAGAGAAAA